AUGGAGGCCGCUCUAAUACCCAAUCCUAAGGAUUCCAAUGCAACGAUUUUGCUAAUGGGGUUACGAAGAGGUGGGAAAUCUUCCAUCUGUAAAGUUGUUUUCCACAAUAUGCAGCCUUUGGAUACCUUAUAUCUUGAAAGUACUUCAAAGCCCACAAAUGAACAGUUUUCCUCAUUAAUAGAUUUAUCGGUGAUGGAAUUGCCCGGUCAACUAAAUUAUUUUGAACCAAACUAUGACUCAGAGAGGUUGUUUUCAUCCGUUGGCGCCUUGGUAUAUGUAAUUGAUUCACAAGACGAAUACUUAAAUGCUCUAACCAAUUUGUCAAUUAUUAUUGAUUUUGCUUAUCGCGUUAACCCAAAGAUAAAUAUAGAGGUUUUGAUUCAUAAAGUUGACGGAUUGAGUGAAGAUUACCAAAUGGAUGCACAGCAGGAUAUCAUGCAGCGUACAGGAGACGAACUAUUGGACUUGGGUUUAGAGGGUGUUUCAGUAAGCUUUUACUUGACAUCUAUAUUUGACCAUUCUAUAUAUGAGGCGUUUUCACGAAUUGUCCAAAAACUAAUACCAGAAUUGCCAUCAUUGGAACAUAUGCUAGAUAACUUGGUCCAGCACUCAAAUAUCGAUAAAGUAUUUUUGUUCGACGUUAAUUCAAAGAUAUAUGUAGCGACAGACUCGCUGCCGGUUGACAUUCAAACUUAUGAAGUAUGUGCGGAAUUCAUCGACAUCACUAUAGAUCUUGAUGAAUUGUACAUUGAGAAUGACAAUAAUAAUCUGAGAGAUAAAACAAAUCGAUCUAAAACUCACUCAGAAGCAGCAGUUAAGGAGCUCAAAUCGGUGAGUCAUUUAUCAAAUGGGUCCAUUUUAUAUUUAAAGCAAAUGAUAAGAGGUUUGGCUUUAGUUGCUUUGAUACGGAAAGAAAGUGUAACAAACGAUAACGAUGUUGAGGAUAAUACUGAUACAAAUUCAAAUAAUAAUGAGGGUAAUACUAAUAUAAAUUUAGAUAGCUCAGAAAAGUCCUUAACAGUUAUUGAUUACAAUGUUAACUUGUUUAAAGAGUCCUUAAUGAGAAUGUGGGAGAGUUCCAGGUUUACAACAAACACAAAUGUCCAAACAAAUUUACCUUGA